AUGGCCUUCACAGAGCUAAAAGAUAAUCAUGGCCAACAAAAACGAGAUAGAUUCGCACGAUUGUUACAGAAACAAUCACUACUAAAAGCAAACAAUAGCCAUAAACAAAAUCGGUUAUAUGCAUCGACUUCUAAUCGAUUACCACCAGUAUUUGCUAAUAACGCCGAUGCACUAGUAUCGCAGAGUUUACCAAAUAAUUAUAAUCAUAAUCCAGUAAUAUCACUAGAUAGUCGUAUAGAAGAACAUGAAAAAACAACAUCAGAACUAAUUGAUUUUGCCCUUGAUGUUCAAGAAGAUCUCGUCAAUCAGCUAAAUCUUAUACAAGCUACUCACCAGAAUAGCAAAUCUGCUAGAACGUGGUUAAAAGAUUUCAUUCAAGCCAUUGCUACUAUUGUCAAACGCUUAAGCAAUACUAUAGAGCCUUUAGUCAAACAUUAUAAUAAUUUUGUUCGAACACAACAACAUAAAAUAAGUAAUUUACAAUUAAAUACCCAAAAAGAUACAUUUAGAGUUGAUAAUCUCAUACGUAGUCAUCAGCAAAUUAAAGAAGAACUAGAUAUCAUUGGAACUAAAGUUCACAAUGGACACGACCAAAGAGAAGAAUUACAAAGUCAAGUUAGGCGUUUGAAAGAUGAAUUAGAAAAUCAAGGUAGACAAAUUGAUGCGAUAAGACAGAAUCAAUCGACAAAUCAAAAUCAUGUAAAUCAGCGACUAAGUAAGUUAGAAGAUGAAAUGAAUGUUUGCCGCCAAAACUUAACAGAGAAAAAGACCACUAUUCAACAGCUAUCCCAACAGCUAGGCGAGAAAGAUUCCUUAGACGAUACUCUGAAACAUUUAGACACCCAAUGGGAAGAAAAAUAUACUGUUAUAAGGCAAGAAGCUAAAGAUCAAACUGAUCACAUUAAGCGUUGGAUGACAACAGAAGCUAAUCAAGUUAUGGAAUUUAUUCGCCAAGCUGAAGUCAUCUCCAACCGAUCAGAAUUACGACAAAACGAAUUAGAACAUCAGAUGGUUCAAAUAGCUAAAGGAUUAGAAAAAGAAGUUAAACAAUUAAUAAAGCAAUUACAAGAACAGCAAACUCAAUUUGCCCAGCAACAAGUUCAACAUUUCAAAAAAGAGCAAAACACAUUAAUAGAUAAGUUUCGCCAAGAAUGUAGAGAAGGAUUCGAUGCAACUCAUGAUAACUUAGCUACAAUGCGUACAAUGUUAGAAACCAAGCAAAAAAUACUUGAAGGAGAUCUGUUACAUAAGAUUGAAGAGUUACGAUUACAUACAGUGAAAGGAUUAAUAUUAACUUAA